UCUUGUUCUAUUAGUUUCCCUGCGCUCUGUGCCUCUGGAUCGUUUAACUCUCCUGCGUGUGAUCGGGUCGGUGCUGCUUCAUUGGCGGAGCUCUUCCUCCUCCCACUUGUCAGUUCUCAAAUGCAUUUUUGAGAUUCAUGAGCUGAGUCUCAGGCGACAGAGUAUCUUCUUCACACUUUGGAAACUGAAAAAAUGAAAUCUUGAGGGGGGGUGUAUAGUCAGGCUUUUUUCCUGGUCCAGAUGUUGGCUCUGUCUAGAUGCUCCCCAUCUGUGAGGAGGUCUCUCUCCAUGCACUGCUCUGCCCUCUCUCUGGGGAGCGUUACCGUGAGCAGCCAGUCCUCCUCCACAGCAUGGCCCCAGUUUUUAAGAACCCACAGAGCUCUGUUUCACCAAAGUAGAGCCAAAUCCAGUCCCGAGCCAAACAAGCCCCCUCCAGUGUUUUCCUCUGGGCUGGAGGAGGAACUGUUCGGGAUGGGGAUGUGGUCGCUGGGUCUGGGGGCUGUCGGAGCCGCCCUGGCCGGGAUCUUCCUGGCCAACACUGAUUUGUGUCUGCAUAAAGCUGCCAAGGCAUCGCUGGAGAACCUGGGAGAUGCUGACCUGCGCUCCACCGUAGAUGAUGCCACAGUCAUCAAAGCAAGGAGCCUGUGGGAGACGAACGGGGCCGUGGUCAUGGCCGUACGACGGCCUGGAUGAUUUUUGUGCAGAGAGGAGGCCUCUGAGCUGUCCUCUCUGAAGCCCCAGCUGGAAGAGCUCGGGGUCCCUCUGGUCGCCGUGAUAAAGGAGAACGUCGGCACAGAGAUCCAGGACUUCAGACCGCACUUUGCUGGGGACAUCUACGUAGAUGAAAUGAAACUCUUCUACGGUCCGCUGCAGAGGAAGAUGGGGGGUCUGGGGUUCAUUCGCCUCGGCGUGUGGCAGAACUUCAUGCGGGCCUGGAGGUCAGGUUACCAGGGCAACAUGAACGGCGAGGGCUUCAUCCUGGGGGGAGUGUUUGUCAUUGGGCCAGGAGACCAGGGGAUUCUCCUGGAACAUCGCGAGAAGGAGUUUGGAAAUAAAGUGGAUGCUGCAGAUGUUUUAGAGGCCGUCAAGAAAAUUGUUCCAGCCAAAUAAAUCCUUCAAAGAGCAUGCUGGAUUCAGAUCACAACUAGAACUGCGUAGUAUUCAAAUUUUCAGUUUGACGUGCUGAGUCCACCCAUCACUGAAUUAUGAUUAUUACAAUAACUUUGACAUAUGUUUAUGUUGUCUAACAUCACAUUAAUUUACUUUCGUUUACAAAAACAGCAAUGAAAUACAGAAGAGGGACAGUAAUAGAGUAUUUCUCUUUACCUCCGCAGACACUUUAGAAGUUUCUUUAAAACGGGUAUUAUGAAGAGGUAGGGAUUUAAAGGCAGCGUUCUCAUUCAGGUACAUCGUGCAUUACUUUUAAGUUCACUUGAAAUUUUUAAUGAAGUUCCUGUUGUUUUGUUUGCUUCUCCUGCUCCGGUGCAUAAAUGUGUCUCAAACAUGGUUGACAGGUGUGUGUGCGCGUGUGUGUGUAAUAAUGACAACCUGACUCUAAACUCAGCAUUGAGAGGAACAGGUUUGAUGCACAAACACACAAAUGUUCAGCCUCUGUCGCCAUGUGGAGGAGAGUUUGUGCUGCCUGAAGCAGCUGAAGCUUUUAUGUGUGUGUUAGACAGAUAUUGUGUAUUUCUGCACAGGGGUGUGUACUAACAGCAGAAGAUAAAAUCAAUAAAUAACCUCAUCACCAUA